AUGUCAUUCACUCAGCACUUCCUCGUGGGUCUGGAACGAAAGCCGUUCAAUGUCCACUCAGAUCUGGCCGUCCAACUUUCCCCAGUCUUCGCCGCCCUGAUCAACGGUAGCAUGGUCGAGAGUGUCGAAAGACGGGUUGUCCUGGACGACAUCGAUGAAGAGACCUUUCUGCGCUUCUGCGAAUUCGCCUACAAGGGAGACUUUUCGGUACCUCCGCCCAAAACCGUCGUUGACCAGGAACUGCCGUCGUCACCACAACUGGAAACAGUUGACGAAAAGUUCACUUCCAGCCAUAACAGGUCUCUCUCUACCGGCGUCCCUAUUGGAAAAGUCCUCGAUGGCGGCGAAGGAGAAGGGUUGAAGGUAUUGGCGACGGGUUUGUGGCCACGGGUCCGGGGCGACCACCACAAACCAGCUUGGAGGCAUCAGAUUUCGCGGCCAGUCUCGUGGCUGCGAGGGCGAAGAACGGUCCGCACCACCGACAAUCGCACACGGGACUCCCUGGCAAAACCUGCAGUUGUCUCAAAUCUCCCCGAUCCAGGCUCGAAGCUGGCCGCCGACUGGGCCAAGUUCUGCAACGCUUCCACAGACUGGGACGGGCCCCUUUUCCGACCGUACAAGAACUACACGCCCUCGGAGAGCCUGACGGAGAUGCUCCUGUCCCAGGCGAGGUUGUACGUCUUUGCCGACAGAUACGUCAUUGAGUCGCUCAGAUCGCUGGUUCUGUACAAGAUGCGCCGUUCGUUAGCCUCGCUCAAGCUGUUUCCCGAGCGCGUACCGGAGGUGUUCCUGCUCGUCCAGUACGUCUAUGAAAACACAAGAGAAGGCGACGACCUCAGAGCCUUGCUGACGCAAUUCAUCGCCUGCAUGAUCACCGUUUUUCUGCAACAUCCCGACUGGGACGGAUUCAUUCGCCAGCAGCACAUUUUCACCAUGGAUUUGCUGAAACAUCUGAGAGAUAGUGUGGAGGUUGAUGAUGGGCGGAGAAGAAGCGCCGCAUAA